UGCGCGCCGCCGUCGGUGUGCGCCCGCGCCAGUGUGUGCGUGUGUGUCGGUGUGUGUGUUUGUGUGUGUGUGUGUGUGCGACGGCGGCGUUCGUACGAACGCGACGCGCCUUGGGUGAGAGCCGCUCGCAAUAAUAAUAUAGCAAUCGCGCGUACCGGAUAACGUAAUAACAAUAACGACGACGGCGGCGGCAGUGCAGCAGCAGCACCUCCACACGGUCGCCGCGGCAGCAGCAGCAGAUUGGAGCGGCUGCUGUUAGAUGCAGGUGGCCACUUUGUUCCGCGAGUCGGCUACUCUACUCGGUGCCGCUAUGGAACCCGGUUCGUCGACGGACAGCAAUUCGCCCUCUCUGAAGCAACAGCAACAGCAGCAGCAGCAGCAACAACAACAGUCUAAUAAUUAUGGUAACUGUGAUGUUGUUAACAAUGGACCUCAGCCAGCAUCUUCUGUAAAACAAGAAUCUGCGUGUGCGGAUGAUGGAUAUGAAACAAGUGGUGGUGGUACCGAUGCUGAACAAGCUGCAGCAAAACAUUCUGCCGCAGUAGCAGUUGCAGCAGCUACUGCUGCAGCCGCAGCAGCUCAGCAUCAUAAUAAUAUUAUGAAUCAGUUACCCCCAAUGCAUCAUCAUCAACAACAACAACAUAUGAAUACACACAUGCAUCCACAUCACCAUGGUCAUGCUCAUCAUCAUCAUCAAAUGAACAACAUGCAACAACACCAAAUUAAGUAUGAAAUGCCUGAUGAUCCAUAUAGUUUUGUUGAUGAAGAAAUGCAGCAUCAUGGCCAACAAAACUUGCAAUACACCGAAGAAAUGAUUUUACAACACAUGCCAAAGAAGCGAGGCAGAAAGAAAAAAUUUAAACCUGAGGAUCAGAUGAGUUUGCAAUGCUUAAAUCCUGAUCAAGCGUUUGGGUUAAUGCAACAUAUGUUGCCAAAAGAUAAAUUAUUGACAAAUCCUUCCAAGGUCUACAAAGAAAGAAAAAAACAUGACCGUUUUAAUGGCAUGCCUGAAGAAGAGGUAUCAAAGCGCACUUUACCUGAUCAUCUAACUAAUAAUUUGGAUAUUGUGAUUAUUGGUAUCAAUCCUGGUUUGUUUGCUGCUUAUAAAGGUCAUCAUUAUGCAGGUCCUGGAAAUCAUUUCUGGAAAUGUUUAUACCUAUCUGGUCUUACACCAGAACCUAUGACUGCUGAUGAUGAUUAUAAAUUACUUCAAAAUGGUAUAGGUUUUACCAAUAUGGUGGAGCGAGCUACAAAAGGUAGUGCUGAUCUCACAAGAAAAGAAAUUAAAGAAGGAAGUCAAAUUCUUCUUGAAAAGCUACAACGAUUUAAACCAAAAAUUGCAGUAUUUAAUGGAAAACUUAUUUUUGAAGUGUUUUCUGGGAAAAAAGAUUUCACAUUUGGUCGUCAACCAGAACUUGUAGAUGGAACAAAUACGUAUAUGUGGGUAAUGCCAUCAUCUAGUGCCCGAUGUGCACAAUUACCACGAGCAGCUGAUAAAGUACCAUUUUAUGCUGCAUUAAAGAAGUUUCGAGAUUAUUUAAAUGGUCUGGUGGCUGAAAUUGAUGACAGUGAAGUGGUAUUCUCAUUUACUAAAUUAAAAAAUUAUUAUGAGCCAGACAUCAAAGAAGAACCUAAAGAUGAAGUGCCAUCUGUGUAUUUCAAUAAUUACAAUUCUGUAGUUGAAAACCAAGAAACAAUAGAAAAUAUUGCUGAUAUUAAGGAUGAACCACCUGUAGUGCAAAAGAAGAAACGUGGGAGACCAAAGAAAAUAAAAACUAAAGAUGGAGCACCUGAAGAAGUGAAAGUUAAGCGUCCUAAACCUCAGGUAGUGGAUGAACGAGAAGGAAUGCCUAAAAAGAAAAGAGGCAGACCAAAAAAAAUUAAGCCUGAUCCAAAUCAGUUACCGCCAACAAAUAAUGUUGUACCACCCGUUUUAUCUUGUGAACACAGUAACCCAUCAACACAAUUAUCAAAUUGUUUUUCUCCGCCAAUUCAAUCUCCAAUGAACUUGUCUCAGUUAUAUGGAGGAAAUAAUGUUAUAAAUAAUAUAUAUAACAACCAAAGCUCUUCACAUUCACCUAUAUCUAACAGUGGUGGUGGUGGUGGUGGUGGUGGAAGUGGUGGUGGCGGAGGUAGCAGUGGCGGAAACAACAAUCCAAAUUUUCACCAUCACCGUUCGCCAAUUCAAUCGCAACAACAUAGGUAUUCUCAGUCGCCACAAGCUCCAUCCUUCACACAUUCUGAUUUGUCUUCAGAAAUCAGUGCAGCUAUCUCUUCAGAACAUAAUUUAGGAUCACGAUCUCCAGCCUCGCCCAGUUUGGGUCCACCUGAUUUCGAGCCACCAGCAAGUCUGCUGGCCGAAGAUAAUAGUCCUCACAGUAGUCAACACAGUGGCGGUGUAACCAAAGAAGAUCUUAUUGGAGUUGACCAACAUUCUAGACCAUCACAAAUGGAAUGUCAAUUUAAUAAUUCCGUCGGUGGACCUCAGCAACCACAAAAAACUAAUACAAAAAUGGAUAUGCAUCAUUAUCCUCAAUCACAUGGAUAUGAUGAAUAUUCAGGCAAUGUAGAGUCUGUAGCAGGAUCUCCAGCCUAUCCUCCAGCAGAAUCUCCUGUAUAUCCUCCACCACCAACUGGAUAUCCACAACAACAACAACAACAACAACAACAGCAGCAGCAGCAGCAGCAACAACAACAUCCACAUCAACAAAAGUUAACAAAUAAUCAAGAUGUUACUGCUAAAAGCUUAUCAGGCUUAGAAUCUUUGGUUGAACAAAUUCCUAACAUGAAUGAUAGUGAUGUACAGCAUAGUGGACAUCAUCAUCAUCAUCAUCAGUAUAUGGAUGAAUCAAAUUCAGGUUACAUGCCUAAUGAUUACUCAUGUUCUCCCUCAUUAAAUUAUUCUUAUUCGUCAUCGCCUUGUGCGCCCCAAGGAAAUAUGAAUAAUUUUUCAGUAAGUUCGUUAACAAAUGGGGCAAAUCAUCACCAUCAACAAGCAUCAAUGUCUCAACCGUCAACAUUCUCUGUUAGCAACCUUACAUCUUCAUCGUAUCCACCGCCACCGCCUACAAUAAAUUAUAAUCAUCAUCAUUCAGGUGGUGUUAUGAUGGACAUGGAUAGACUACAGCAACAGUAUCAACAGCCAUACAACAAUCAAUAUGCCAGCUCAAUGCAAUUUAAUGGGGGAUUAGGACCACCUGGAAAUGGAUAUUCGCAUAACACACAUAACAUACACAUGCCAACACCAAAUUUCCCAUAUCCCUCUCAAAACUCCAUGUCAUAUGGUAAUAACAAUAGUGGUAAUGGAGUUUCACCUUAUAUCCAAUCAAGUGGUGGGUAUUUGUCAGUAAACCGAAUGGAUAUUGGAUAUGGUGGUGGUAACUAUUAAACUCGCGGAAACGCUGUAAAAAGACUGCGAUAUUUUCUCUGAUAUUUUUUCAACCAUCGCAUUGUAUUAAUCUCUUAUCAAUUGUUUAUAAUAAUAUUAUUUGUAAAUAUUAUAAUACUUGGUUAUAUAUUCAGGGAACGGUUCAUUGACGACUUGUAUGCAACUAUGAGAAUAGUUUGAGUUAUUUUCUCUCAUGAUAUUUAUCUUUUAUUAAUCAUAUUACUUUUUUCAUAUCCUGAAUUCGAUUUAAUAAAAUGUAAAUACUCUUAGUUUAUUUUAACAUUUUUUUUUUUUAAUAAAUUUGAGUAAAAUAAUACGCCGAAGUUACCACAGAGUAUUAAAUGUACUAACUUCGUAUACAAUGGCACAUUAGAAUCUUAUAAUAAAUUAUAUUUUUUCUCUUUUUAUGAAAAUUCUACCUUUAAAAAAAAAAAAUAAUCUGUUAAUAAAACUAUUCUCUAUUUGUUUGGCAAUAUCGUAAUUUUACGAUUUUAACUCGAAUUUGUUCAAUGUCAUCUUUUUGCUCAACCAAUAUUAUUGUUAUAUUAUUAGAGUAAUACAAUAUUUUCACGUUACCAAUAUUUAUCCUCCUAAGUAUUUUUUGUUUUCAUGUACAUUGGUAUUUUAUUUGUUCAAAUGGUUCGUGGGUUCCUAUCAGUUGAUUUAUGAUGUGUCCGAAAGUAUUGUGAUUAUUAUAUACAUUUUGACUGGGUUUGUGCAAUUAAAUCAGUUACCUCCGGUUCGUAUAGAUUAUAUUGGUCCAAGAACCGCCAAAUUCAUGAUAAUAUUUAUAAAUAAUAAAAUGUUUUAGAGAUAGAAUACAUAAAAUUGAUAAAUUUAACUUAGAUUGGA